AUGUCAGAUGUUCAAGAAAUCAGGUCUCUUCUGCAUUCUGCACGUGGGGAAAAAGGCAAGAGUGUCAUGGAUCUCUUAGUCCAGAUCUUUGCCCAAACGAUUUACGAUAACCCCAGAGAUCCUCUCGCCAACUUCGAACUGGUUUCCCAAGAAGUUAAAGAAAAUUCCUUCCGUUACUUUAUAGACUCCAAAAAAGAGAAGCACGGAGGCAAUCUAGAAGAACUCAUAAAAUACUCUGCAGAGGCGCAAACUCUCAUAGGUAGACCUAAAGAAGAAAAUGAAGAAGGCGUCCUUGUAGAUGUCGCUCCAGAGCCUCUUGCCCACAUCCCAGACCUUUUAGAAGAACGAGAACUGCUCAGGUGGGCUGGAAUUGAUUUAGGCGAAGAGGAAGCUUUGCGACUUCAAAACUCGCUUAAAAAGCUCAUGAAAGAUAAAGGUGCCAAAGAUAUCAGACUGUGGGGCAAAAUUUCAGGCACUGAAAAGGAUUAUUAUAUCGUUGAAGGGAAUGGCGAAGGUGCUGAAGAAGAAAUUGAGCGUCCUAAUGACUUUGAAAAAAGAGGAGAAGGGAUUAAUACUUUUACAUACUGGGUAGCUGAUGGCGCUUUUGGGGCCUGAACUGAAUUGCCAGACAUAAACCCAGCUCAUAUAAAAGCUGCCAGAGAAAUCAGAAAACUGUUCACUGGAAGACUUGAUGCCCCUGUCAUAUCUAACCCUCAUUUCCCAGGGCUCGAAAAAGAACUUUUACGUGCCCAAAUCGCUAGGAUCACCCAUUCAACUGUCCUAAUUCAAAAAGGACUUUUUAAAACUGUAGAAGAUUCACCAGCAGAAAUUGAAGCUGAAGAAGAGUCAGUCACUUUGAGCACUGAGCAGCUAAAAUCCCUUGGAAACUGGGUACACCAACACCCUAACAUUCUAAAAUGUGGCAGAGUUUCUCAUAUGGAGCCUGAGCCAGUUGACGAAGAAAUUGACGUUGAAAUCUUGAAGGCCCAAAUUUUGGAAGCAGACCCACUUGAAGAAAGGCUGAAGCCGCUAGAAAAAGAUGCGCCUCUGGCUGGGUUUGAGGCAGCUUGGAUAAGCAGAUAUCUUGGAGAUCAGCAGGAAUAUGAAAUGACAUUUCCAGUUAAAGGCAAAGUCACUUAUGCUGUCAACUUAAUCAAGUCUUUGUGGUGGCCUGGAGCUGUCAUACUUCAGCAGAACGGGAAAAUGAUCCAUUUCUAUAUGGGAGAUGGUCUGAAAUCAGCCACAAGAAGAUAUUACCCAGUCACCCCGCCUUUUAUUGUGGAAGACCCGGUAGACAGACAGGAAGAAAAAGAUCCUUAUCCAGAAAAGCAGCCUGAAGAGCCGAAAGCAGAAGGAGAAGACGUGAACCCAGGAGACGAAGAAGAUUAA